CGCAAGUGACGUCAUGUCACCUCCUGCUGCCACGGUACGUCACGAAAUACGAGGAAGCUGCUGCACCGCGCGCUCUCACUGAGAUCCGAGCUGACGCUUCCUCUGCAGAAUUGAUCUGAUGGAGCAAAGGCACUCAGCGCAGCUCGGUGCAAGAAGGAAAAAAUGCGACCAUAAUGCAAGCAGCACGGAUCGUACUGGAAAUUUGACACAGCACCAGAGAACUCACACAGGGGAGAAACCCUUCAAGUGCACUGUGUGCGGGAAUGCGUUUGCAAAGUCAUCAGAUCUUCAGAGCCACCAGAGAACACACACGGGAGAGAAACCCUUCAGGUGCCCUUUGUGCGGGAAGGCAUUUGCACAGUCAAAAGAUCUUCGGAGCCACCAGAGAACACACACGGGAGAGAAACCCUUCAAAUGCAGUGUGUGUGAGAAGGCAUUUGCAGUGUCAUCAAAUCUUAAAAAACACCAGAGAACACACAGAGGAGAGAAACCUUUCAAGUGCACUGUGUGUGAGAAGGCAUUUACAGUGUCAUCAUAUCUUAAAAAACACCAGAGAACGCACACAGGAGAGAAACCCUUCAAGUGCAGUGUGUGUGAGAAGGCAUUUACAGAGUCGUCCUAUCUUAAAAUACACAAGAGAACACACACAGGAGAAAAACCCUUCAAGUGCACUGUGUGCGGGAAGGUGUUUUCACGGUCAUCAAUUCUGCACAAGCACCAGAGAAAACAUACAGGAGAGGAACCCUUCAAGUGUACUGUGUGUAAGAAGGUAUUUGCACGGUCAUCAGUUCUUCAGAGCCACCAGAGAACACACACAGGAGAGAAACCAUUCCAGUGCACUGUGUGUGACAAGGCAUUUUCACAGUCAUCACAUCUUACAAUACACCAGAGAACACACAUGGGAGAUAAACCGUUCAGGUGCACUUCCUGCCCGAAAGCGUUUGCACAUUCAUCACAGCUUAAAAUACACCAGAGAACGCACACAGGAGAGAAACCCUUCAAGUGCAGUGUGUGCGGGAAUGCGUUUGCAAAGUCAUCAUAUCUUCAGGGCCACCAGAAAACACACACGGGAGAGAAACCCUUCAGGUGCCCUCUGUGCAGGAAGGCAUUUGCACAGUCAAGAGAUCUUAGGAGCCACCAGAGAACACACACGGGAGAGAAACCCUUCAAAUGCAGUGUGUGUGAGAAGGCAUUUGCACUGUCAUCAAAUCUUAAAAACCACCAGAGAACACACACAGGAGAGAAACCUUUCAAGUGCACUGUGUGUGAGAAGGCAUUUACAGAGUCAUCAUAUCUUAAAAAACACCAUAGAACGCACACAGGAGAGAAACCCUUCAAGUGCACUGUGUGUGAGAAGGCAUUUGCACAGUCAUCCAUUCUUCAGAGCCACCAGAGAACACACACAGGAGAGAAACCCUACAAAUGCACUCUGUGCGACAAGGCGUUUACAUGGCCAUCUGUUCUUCAGAGCCACCAGAGAACACACACAGGAGAGAAACCCUUCAAGUGCACUCUGUGCGGGAAAGCGUUUUCACAGUUAGCACAUCUUCAAAGACACCAGAGAACACACAGGCAUCAGACGAUCCCUAAGGAGUGUGAUCUGAAAUCGACUUGUGAAAGUCAAAGUGCUGCAAUGAGCCCAUCCCUCCUGAAACAAGAACCAGAAGAAAAUCCCAACUUGGACACUUUAAAAGGUAUCAAGGUGAAAUGUGAAGAGGCAACAGUGAAGAGCGAAGAAGUGAAGGUAAAAUGUGGAGAAGUGAUGGUGAAAUGUGAAGUGAUGGUAAAAUGUGAAGAUGAAGAUUCAACUCCAAAAUCGGACCUUCACAUUUAUGGAGGCAACAUGAAGCAGGAGGAGAAUUCUGACUGUGAGGCAGAGCGAGGCAACUCCCAGCAGUUUGUGGAAGUGGAGGUGUGGGUGGACUUGCUAGACAAUACAAAGUCAAAUGGAGACCUGGUAGAUGUGCAAGCUUAAGACAAUGAAGCUCCAAUCGAUUCACCUUUGUUACGGGCCUUUAAUGAAAAUAAUGUGAAGUUGAACACUCAAUUUCUAGGUUCAUCCUGCAGAGCAAGAGCGGCCAGUGUUUGCGGACCUGUGGGUUGGGUAGAUCUCUAACCAGGAUCGAGAGCCAAUUAGCUCCCAAGCAUUCACUAUGUUAUAAUAUUAGCAUUUAUAUGGUGCUUGCUUAAUUGCCUCAGCAACUCGGAGUUUCGUAUCAAAUCUCAUCACAAACACUUGAAGAGCAUGUUUUAUAUAUGCCUUUUCCAAAAAAUUAUAUUAAGAGUGAUUCUGCCCUUUUUUUUAUAAUUUUGAUCGGGAUGUAGUGCUGGGGCACGGAAAGGGUGAGUCCCCCCCUGCCUCCUACCUUACCACACAAAAGACAGCUGGGGGAUAAUUACUCACAAGCCUGCUUGGGAAGUCAUUAAAUGUUAUAAAAAAAAACUGGCAAACCUAAGGGGGGGCUAAUGAGAUUCUGCGGGACAUCCCAGUUGACUUUAGGAGAAAGACAGAGACAAAUAUGCACCGUAUCACCUUAAUAGACUGUAGGUUGCAAGUUCUGUUAGCGAGCACCUAUAAAGGCCGGCACAGCGCACGAGGGGGUGGGUGGCCGGCACCACGCCUGGCCGCCUUUGUCUCCCCAGUGGUGAUGUCUACUACACAGCGCCUGGUUCGCUGUGUUCCUGCCAAGGCAACAUUGCCACGGACCCCAAGCUGUGUUCCUGCCAAGGCAACAUUGCCACGGACCCCAAGCGGUGUUCCUGCCAAGGCAGCAUUGCCGCAGACCCCAAGCUGUGUGCCUGCCAAGGCAACAUUGCCACGGACCCCAAGCUGUGUUCCUGCCAAGACAACAUUGCCGCGGAUCCCAAGCUGUGUUCCCGCCCUCACACUUUCCCCCCUGCUUGCCUAGAUAUCCCUGCCGGCGAAGGUGCGAUGCAUAGAGAGAGAGAGAUGCCACCCACACCGAGGUUGCGGCCUAGCUCGCGCUCUCACACUCUUCCAAAAACUGUAGCACACGGACGAGAAGUCGUGUGGCGAGUGCAGCAAGACAUUUUCUCGCGCUCGGCCUACAAGUAUAUAUAUAUAUAUUUUUCUUUUCGCUUGUAUGUUAAACUGUGUGUAACCCUGAUAUUUUAAAGAUGGCAAUUCUCCUGCUGUGUAUACUACUGCUGUCCCGGCCAUAUCUAGUGCCACAUUCAACUUUACAAACGGCUACCCACGGCAAAAUUUUCCACGAUGCCGAUCCAUGCAUAGCAAUAUCCACAAUAGCUUUAAGUAAUGAAGGCUGAUCUUCCUCAAUUUUCGGCCUACCAGGCUUGGCCCUGACAUUCAGCCAUGUGCAUAGAUCUGAAUUAUCUUCAAACAGAGCAUUUAAUUAUUUUCCUUUCUUCUCAUCUCUUGCUUUCUGUGCUCUUUUUUGAUCACCCUUUUUAAAUCCUUUAUAUUAAGUUCGCGUGCUUGCUUGCUUGCGUGCUUGCUUGCUUGCGUGCUUGCUUGCUUGCGUGCUUGCUUGCUUAGGACCGUGCAAAUCUUUCGGUCGUUUUUUAACCCACUUCCCGUGAUCCAAUCGAGCUGAUAUUUUCCACACAGACUCGUUGUGCCAGACAAUUAAUUUUCGUGAAAAAAAUAAAUAAAAUUUUUUACACUGUUUAGGGAAAACAAAUUAAAUAUUUAAUUACCAAUUGCUAAAUGGUGGCAGACAAUCAUCUGACCCAUAGGUGGCAGCCAUCUCAAGCCAGAGGACGAGAGGACUCUUGCCGCCACGCAUAUAAAGGAUUUAUAGUGAAAAACUAUGUUUUUACGGGUUUACUUGUUCUUCUUCAACUGGUUUUCCAAUUCAGUUUUUUUUUCUUCUCCGGCAGUUCCCCAUCCAGUUGCUGUGUAAGCAUUCCUCGUUUUUGGUGUUCGUACAAGUCGACGAGAUCAGAAUUCAGAAUGUUAAUCUGUGACUGCAAAUGCAGCUGGGCUGUAGCAAUUCUUGAUGUUGCUGAAUUGCUAGUACUAGGCGCUGAAUCAUCAGCCUGAGCGUCGGUCACUUGUCCAUCAGACUGUGAUACAGAAUUCUGAGGUAUUUCGACGGGCACUUUUUUUUAUUGGCAGAUGUUUGUUUAGCCCAAAACGAACAAAGUGAUCCUUUUCUGGUGGUGGGAAUCGCCUUUAAUUCUUGCAACCAAUGAUCAACUUUAACUUGCAAAUCUGGAUCAUUUUCAUGCCAUUCCACUUUUGAACCAGUUCUUCUUGGCAAACCUUUCUGCUCUUUUAGAUUUGAAAGAGAAAAAGUGAAAGUACCCCUAUGGGUUCCCCCUUAUCACCAGUGAUAGUAAAUGUUUUCAAGGAGAAAUUUGAAACGUGCCAUCUAGACAUCCACCCUAUGUCCUUCCUUGUGGAAAAGAUAUAUAGAUGACACGUUCGUCAUUUGGCCACAUGGCCUGCCAGCAUUGAACCAAUUUCUCAACCACAUGAAUUCCUCCAUACACCCAUCCAUCAAAUUCACCAUGGAAGUGGAGAAGGAUGGUAAGCUACCAUUUCUGGAUGUUUUAUUUGAGAAGAUACCUGAUGGCUCGUUGGGACUCUCUGUCUACAGGAAAGCCACCCACACAGAUUCCUAUCUGAAACCUGAUUCCCACCACCAUCCGGCACAAUUCCCUCAUCAAGACACUACACCAUAGGGCCCACUGCAUUUCUGACCAACACCACCUAGCCAGUGAACUGGAAUACGUACACCAGGCCCUCAAGAUGAAUGGGUAUUCGGACCGCAUUAUCCGCAAAGCUGUUUCUCCAACCAUGGAGAAACAACCCCCUGAGACGCCGAUGAAAACCAUCACGUUACCAUACAUAGCAGGCGUUGCCAAAAAGAUUUCCAAAAUCUUAAACAAACACAAGAUCCAGGUCCUAUCAGUACCGUACACAAAAUUCGUGAUCUAAUCCCAUCUGUGAAGGAUGCAAUUCCUGACAUGCAAUAACCCGGAGUCUACAAACUAAGUUGCACCUGUGGUGGGUGUUACAUUGUGGAAACGAAACGACAUAUCUCGGACCGUGUUCGCGAGCACAAGUCAGAUCUGAAACACGGCAGAACUAAUACCUCUGCCGUGGCUGACCAUUGCUAUAACGCUGUGGGCUCUCAUGAUAUUGUUUUUUCCGAGACCAAGGUACUCUGCAAACCUUCGGGCAACUAUCAAAGGUUUGUUCAUGAAGCCAUCCAGAUAUAUAAACAUAUACAUAACUUCAACCGAGAAGAUGGAUACAAAUUGAGAAAUCAUUGGAAGGAUGUUAUUAACCAGGUUAAACCUUAACUGCUUUAUGGUGUUGUCUUAAUAUCCGCAUCUCCAGUCUUCGUCAGCCUCCCACUCCCAGCCCCGCUCACUCCCCCCCCCCCGCCCCUGGCAUUUUGCCGUACUUGCCCUUUAAACCCUUCUAGCAGCGCUUCACUUG